ACUAAAUGGACAUUAAACAAAAUUUGAUUUCCUUUUUAACAGAAUUGAAAUCUAAAGAAAUUAAUGAUGACACAUUUGAUUGGUUGGAGACUCAUAUAAACAAAGGAGAUCAAUCAAUAAUUCAUUAAUUGAUUCUAAACAUAGGAGAUCAUUUUAAUGAUUAAUAGUAUGUAUUAAAUGGAUUUUAAGGAUUAAUGUAAUCAUAUGAAAUUAAUUAGAUUUUUUUAGUAAGAUUUUUGAUAUAAACCCUUAAGCAUUAGUUUAAUAAAUAAAAGAAACUAAAAUGACAGCAUAAAUAUUAGUUCAUUAUUUAUGUGAAAUUGAAUGGAAUAAAUGGAAUGAAAAUGGGCUUUAACUAUUAUUGUUAUCAUUUGAAGAUAAUCAUUAUCAUCAUUUAAUAUUAAAAUUAAGUAAUUAGUAAAUGAUAUAACUUGUUAAUAAUAUAUUAAAUUAUUUUGGAUAAGGUGAUAAUGCUGAAAUAUUUAGUAUUUUGAUUCAACUUUUAUUUGUAUUUUAUGAGAAUUAAGAAAUCAUAUUAGUCAUAAUUUAACAUGAAAAUGCAAGAUUUUUUUAAGAAUUCCUUCUAGAAUAUCUGAAUCAUACAAAAAAUAAUGUUUCGAAACCUUUAUUUUUGAUAGAGACAAUAUUGAAAUUAGAUAAGGAUUUCUUUUAUGUAAAUGAUUUUAAAAUAUUGUAAUAAUUAUCAAUUAGAUAAAUAUAUGAUGGAACAGAAUAUGAAAGAUAAUUAUAUUUAAGAAACUUAAAGAUUAUAAUAUAGUAUGGUAAUUAAGAGAAUAUCUUGGGUGAUUAAAUACUUGAAGCUGUAAGAAUGGUUUAAAUUACAUAUACAGAUGAAUAUUGUAAAAAGAAAUGUUUAAGUAUAAUAGAGAAUUUAAUGAAAAAAUAAAAUAAAUGA